GGAGGGAGAGGGAGGGCGCCAGUGAGCCAAGGAGCCGGAGCGGGGCGGGAGCAGCCACCGGUUCGCUUGGAAACGGUUGCCACAGCAACGGGGUUGCGCUCCCCGGCAACGCGGCUGCGGGGCGGCGACGCCCCCUCCCCCUUCCUCCACCCCAAGAGGGGGCGCAAGGAAAAGGGGACUACCCCUCUCCCGGUGGGGAGAACUUCGCUCCUCCGGCCCGCCUGGGUGUGCCUGCCUCCACAGCCGUCGAGGGUGGGGGUGGGGGGCGAGCGGCCCCGUGGGCACGAGCUGUCUCCCACGUGGCUGCAGUCGUCGCAGCAGGGCUCCUUGGGGUGGCUGCAAACGUGGGGGCGGCCCAGCCCCUAGGCCUGCCGCAAGAGGAGGCAGCAUAGGUCCAGGGUCUGUGCCCUGCCACCCCCACCGCAACCCCCAUCCCCUGCCUGCAAAACGACUUGACCCAAGAGUUGGGUGCCCCAGAGGCGAUGUUCCCUACCUAGGGAGAGGAAGGAAGCUCGCAUCCCUCCUCAUGGCCAGAGCAUAUGCCAAACCGGGGCCCGCGGUUGGUCUCUGCACCUUUUCCCAAGCCACCAUUCUCCGGGGAGGGGCGCCAGCAGCGUGGGCAGGAGCAGAGGAAAGGAUGCUGCUGACCCAAGGAAGCUGAAGCCUAGGCCAAAUGGGGGCACCCCGGCCCAUUGUCUGAAUCACAAGUGUCCCUUUCUUGUCCGAGCACAAAGCCCAGACUGUCCUGGGUGGCGUGCAGGUUGGCCAGCAGGCAGGCCAACACCACAUGGAGAUGCUCUGUCCUCCAGGGGAGCUCCCCUGGGAGGAGAAUGGCCGCUGAGUCAGAGGAAAUGACCUCUGGCUCCCCUCCCAACCUCCCCUCAGCGGGCAGCAUGCUGGGGAGAGAAAUGGUCCUCCUGCCAGCUUUCCUGGCCUGACUCAGCAGUUGCCAGCCCCGACCACAGGCCUUGGACCCAACACCCCAGUGACCACAACCACACUUGGGUUUCCUGUUCCAUCAGGGAGGUGCCCUGGGUACCAGAGGUUACCAUUAUUCUUGGGCAUUUGAGGCCUUGGCAUAAGAUGCCCUUAGAUGGAUGGUGUCAGGCCUGAGUCUCCCACAGACAAGAGUGCCUUUGCAAUUACUCACAGGCUCCUUUCCUUCUGUUCCUGCUCUGUAUGAGACCUGUGUUGAGUGCGCUGCAUCCAUUAUCUCCUAGUCCUUACAAUUGUACAAGGUAAGUUUAUUAUCCCCAUUUUAGAGAGGAGGACUCCAAGGCUCAUGGAGGUAAAGCGACUUACUCAAGGUCACACAACCAGGAAGUAGUGGAGCUAGGCUUCCAGUGCAGGUUACUCUGCUGGCCUGGCCCCUCUGCUUGCUACAUACUAUCUCUUACCACCCUGGCAGAAAAGAUCUGUGAAGCCUUCUAAAGGAGCAUCCUUAACCUUCCUCCACUUUCCUCUAAUGAAGAAAUUCCCUGUCUUUUAGGCCUAGGUACACCUUUCCUUCUUCCGGCAAAAUCAGCCAGAUUCUCGUUCCCCUAGAUGCUCUAUAGGGGCCAUUCUCCUGGGCUGCCUCCUUCCUUCCCUCCCUCCAUCUUCUCUCUCUGGAGGAGGCUGAGCAGUAAGGGCUACCUCAGUCACCUGGGGGACCCCCAAGGCCCUAAUCCUUAGCUCCUGGGCUCUGUGGCCUGGUCAGCUUGCAGCCCUGGCUAUAGCAGAAGGAAUUUAGCAAUGGUGGGCCCAUGCAGUGCUGGCCCCUGUGGGUGCUCAGUGUAGCUCAGGGGUUGAAAACCCAAAUGCCACCAGGGCCCAGGUGGACCAGAACACUAGUCAGUGUUCACCAAGUGAGAAUGUGAACUUGGUAUGACCAGCCUGUCCAGUUUCCAAGGUGAGCCAGAAAUCUAGACUUUUAGCUAAAAAUCUCCUGGUUUUUCAAUGUUGGCAACUAAUUGUAAUAUUUAAAAAAAAAUGAUUGUGGACCAACAGAGUAUGUCUAUGAACUGUGUCCAACCUGAGAGUCACGAGGCUGAGGCCUCUGGUCCAUGGGAAAGAGAUGGCAGUUUUGGCCAGACCACCUCCAGGUUUGUGUAGAUGUGGCACCACAAGCUGGUUUCCACAUUUGAGCCUCUUGAGGCUGCAAGGUGCUUGGAUUUGGGCUGUCACGAGCAGCAGUGUAUGUUCAUCUCGAAGUAUUUUCACACCCCCAUCAGUUCUGCUCCUCCCUUGGCGCAGCCAGGCAGGUCUCAUCAUCUCAGUCUUGCAGGUGAAGGAACUUCAGCUCAGGCCUGGGACUAGCCGGGAUGGGGUUACACAGCCGGGGCAGGACAGAAGCAGGAUUUGAACCCAGGGCUCCCCGCUCAGUGCCCUGUGUGUUCACCAGGCUGCCCCACAGAAGAGGGUUUCAUUACCUCUGCUUCCUGUCCACCCUCCCCUGCCCCUGAGGUGUGGCCAGCUCCCUUGGAGGGGCAGAUCUGGGGACAGUAGACCCCAACCCACUAGAGCCCCAGUCUCUGUUGUCCUAUUUGCAGUCUCCCAAGCCCUGGGUUUGUGGCCCGGUGCCGAGGCUGGGUCACAGAGAUGCUGCCAGCAGGUGAGGGUGCAAAGCCAGUACACUGGCCUUGCUGGAAAUGAAGCUCUGGCCAGCUCCAUGCCUGGCCAAUUAUGACAUCUGGGACAGUCCUUGUCAUCUCUCUCUGGUUUCAGUUCCUCUGUCUUGGUGUGGGAGGAGUGUAGAAAUGUCACCAGUGCCUCCCUGAAAUGCCCUUCCUGCCAAGACGGCAGGCUCUGCAGUGGCCUGGACUUCACAAGCCCCCGGCCAUGUGGGCCUGAGCUGGCCCCAGCUCCUUGCCUGUAGGAUGGGGAUGGCAGCCGCUCCCUCCUGGCCAAGGAAAUGAACCUGAAGAGGUUAGUAGGGGGCUUGGCACAUGCAGAACAUGCAGGACAGGGGAGAAGUCAUCGUCUCCUACCCCACCCUCAUUCCACUCGCCACACUCUCCCCCUCUCUCCAUCCCUCGGCCUGAGUUCCUGUCCCUUCCCUUGACCAGCAGCUCUGGCCUCAUGUCCAAGGCUUCCCCUUGUGACUCAGAUCCCCUGUUGUUUGGGAUUCCCUGUGUCCACUGCCGAGCCCCUAGUAGAUGUUCCAUGCUGACUUUUCCUUUUAUUCACAUGGAGGUAUGGGUCCUGGCUCCCUUAUACACCUCCCUGCCAGGGCUGAGAACUGGUGAUGGCUUCUUUCUCAGUGACAUUUUGGGGAAUGGCCAACAUUUCCCAGGAAUGCACAGGAUGCCAACCCAGCUCUUGAGAUGUUCCCUUGUCUCAGAGCUAAAAGACCAAACAGAUAACUGGAUGCCUCCAGUUACUCCUUCCACAAGUGGUUUUUGAGCUACUACAUGCCAGAUGAUCGAGACAGAUGCAGCCUCUUGUGUUGGACAUAGGCCACAACAGAACUCUGUGAUUGGGCUUCUCAUCCAGCCCUGGGGCGGCAGGGAGGGUAGCUGGAGGCUGACAUGUCCAUAGAAGUAAGUGACAGGUGAGGCCAAGAGGCUGAGGAGCAAGUGUUGGGGCAAGAGCAGUGAGGCUGUGUUGCAGCUGUGUCCGGAGAGGGCCUGGGGCCACAGGCAAUGUGGAGAGUGGCAGGCUGGGCAGGAGCAGAGCUGGAGAGAGAGUGGUGGCAAGGGUGGUAAUGGGGGCCCAAGUGAGAGAUGACAGUGGCCUGACCAAGCCAACACAGGGGGACCAAAGGAAGUGGACCGAUGAAGACAAUGCACUGAGAGUUAAAAACAGGAUUUGGAGUUCCUGCUGUGGCACAGCAGGAUCUGUGGUGUCUCUGCAGUGCUGGGUUGCAAGUUCCAUCCCCAGCCUGGCACAGUGGGUUAAGGAUCCAGUGUUGCUGCAGCUGCAGUAUAGGUUGCAACUGCAGCUCGGAUCUGAUCCCUGGCCCCUGGAAACUCCAUAUGUCUUGGGGCGGCCAAAAAAGAAGCAAAAACAAACAAAAAAAACCCCAGGGUUUGGCAGCUGGAGUAAAUGGCAGGCCCUUUGUUGAGAUAAAAUACCUGGCAGCAGAUCUGUGGGGUCUAAGGUUAGGGCGUCGAGGUCUUUCAUGCAGAGGAGCAGAGUGGGAGGUGCCCUCAGCAGUGCAUCAGGCCCCAGAGUAAGAGAUCCGUGUGACCCUGGGGGUCAUAUCUCUUUGAGCCAAGUGUUCUCAUCGGUCAAAUGGGCAGGAUAUGCGCCUAGUUCACAGGGUGACUGAGAGAACUCUGUGUGCGCAACUCUGGGGCCAAGCAUGCCUUGAGGAGGCGCACCUCUGCACCCCCAGCUCCGAAGCUGCGCUCAGCAGCACUCACAUUUCUUGGGCAUCUCCAAACCCUUUGCGUGGAUUAGCUCACUCUUUUCCAAGGUCACUGAUGAGGGAACCGAGGCAACAUGGAGGUUAAGAAGCUCACCCCCCAGCUCUCGCUCCCAUCCCCCAGCUGAGUGUGUGGCCUAAGAAAACCCUCCAAAGCGAUAUGCUCACAAAUUCCACAAGUACAUCAAGAAGGAAUCUUGAAAAGUGUCCAAAUAAUUCACAAGAAGGUGAGAAAGAGGAAACAAACAGAAAGCAAAUCGCAAAACGGCAGACUUAAGGUUGAGUCCUUUUGAAGACUCUGCUCCCAGCCCACAGUCAGAGGUGGCAUUUGCUAGGGACCAGACAUGUGUCGGGGCGGAGGUGAGUGGCUGUGAGCAAGAGGCAGGCUCUUCAUCUGAAGGGCUGCCCAGGCCUGGGCAGGAGUAUGCACAGGGUGUGAAGGGUAAAGGAACAGCCCUUUGGAAAGGCUUUGAGAAGCUUGGCUUGGUCAGAAAAAGCACUUGGAAAGGUCUGAAUGAAUCCCUUGAUGUUUAUAUAGAGAGCACCUGCUGUGGAUUAGAUGUUAACUGAGUGGCACCUGUGGGCCAGACACAGGGCAGGAUCCCUUCCCCCUGGGCCUGCAGGAGCUCCAGGGUGAAGCAGCAGCCCCGGGGUGAAUGUUGUGGUCCCCACUCCACACCAAACCGGGCUUCAGAGCCAGUGUGGGGUCAGUGGGUCAGCUCAGCUGUGUGACCUUAGGCAGCCUUCCUCUCUCAGACCCAUGGCGGCCUGGUCAGCAAAGUGUGGCAGUGGUUCUUGCCUCUUGGCUGGGAUUUAGCUGAACUAGAAAUAAAAGUCCAUGCCAAGGACUGUCUACUAUGUAUCAGGCUGGUUCUAGGCACCCUCCAUGCAGAAUCUUACGUGAUCUUCAGUACCGCCUUCUCACUGGGAGUUGUACCCAUCUGAUAGAUGAGACAGGCUGAGAGGUGACAGUGGUACCCAGUGGGUCUUGUGGUUGGCCUACCCCAGUUUGUCCUAAUGCCCACUGAGCUGAACUGGGCCCCUCAGGACACAGUCCCUGUGCUUUGCUCCUUGUUAACCCCAGAACUGCCAUUCCAUCACUCCUUUACCUUACAGCCUGUUGAAUUGACGGCUGGUCACCAGAAGCCCUGGGACUUUAGUGGGAAGGAAUAGAAAGGCGCCUUUGGGCUACAAACUGGCCAGGCUGCCCAGUGUCCCCAUGGCUGCCAGGCUCUCAUGUCCUGAAUGCUCACACGCACCUAGUUACGUCUCAUCACUUAGGGGAAAGUGUUUCGACACAGACUUUGGAUUCAGACUCAGGCUAAAUCCUGGCUCUUCCCCUUAUUAGCUGUGUGGCCCAGGGCAAGUCAUUUGCUUUUCUGAGCCUGUCUCAUCCACCAAACGGGCUUGACCCCUCCCCCCACCCCCGAGAAGAUGGUGUUGAGGAUUACAUAAGAUUCUGCAUGGAAGGGGCCUAGAAAGAGGCCUCACCCAGCAGACAGCCUUUGGUAUUUUUAUUUCUAAUUCAGCUAAACUCCACCACCUCCAGCCCCAGAAGUGUUUUUCUGACCCAGAGCUGUUCUGGGCCUGCAGGCCAAGGAGCCCCCUGCUUAGUGCCAGCUCCCUCAGAGCAUUCCUGAAAAUUCCUGUGGGCUCAGGAAAAGGAGAACAACAGAUUUAAUUAACUCCCAGUGACUGGCAGCAUCGUGUUUUUAUCUGGGCUGCGUCGCCAUGGCAGCCUCAUGGUGGGGUUGUCGAGGAGGCGGGUGGAGCUAUUGUUCCUGCCAUUGUCUGUUCUAGAACGCAGGCCCAGAAGAAAGGGACUGGCACGGGCACCAAGUGGCACAUGGCACAAAGCAGCCAUGGAGUCAGACAGGAGCCAUCUGGGGAGAAGUGUAGAGUGGCCCCUGUGGCCUGGCUUCCCCCCAGCCUGCUCUUGGAACAGUCUGACUCAGCUCAUGUGGGGUCCUCAGCUUGAGGCUCAGGCCCCAGAGCUGAAUGCAUGUGUGCUCCGUUGGCCAUACUAAGGAUGGGAGCGUCCAUGGAGCUCCUGGAAGAGAUUCACAAAGUAGCUCAAACAGCAGCACUCUCACCACAGGCUAGGGGUUUGUGGCUCGCUUGGGUUCAAACUAUGGCACUGCCACUUGCCUAAUUGUGUAGAAACUGUAAAACAGGAAUAAUUCCAGUUACUUCAAAUGGUUGUGUGUGAAAGCCUCUGCAGAUAAGGCAUUCGAGAAGGACUCAUUUUUAUUCUGAGGGGGUGGUGAAACGUCACCUGCCACUGUCCCUCCGCAGUCAGGGCUGCCUCCUACAUACUUCUUAGGAUGCACGGCUCCCCUCUCAACCAUGGCUGUGGAGAGGGGGAGGUGGAACUAGAGGUGCCCAUCUGGAGUGAAUUGGGACCAGGUGGUACCAAUGAUUUGAGCUAGUUUUCCUACCCUCCACGGAGAGGGAGAGGAAUUGGGGGAAGGGCCGCUGGAGCUAGGAGGGCAGGGCCUAGUGGGGCUGCGCAUGGGUAGGAGGCUCGGGAAGCAAAGGAGCUGGGAUUCAGCAGGCGGAGGCACCUAGAGGAAAGGAAAAGGAGGGAUGAUCCACGCUCCGCGGAGCGUAAGGCACAGACAAAAGCAGGCUGGUGUAAAGUAGUAGCCGCGGGAACCACCCUCUGGAGCCACCAGUACAAGAGUGGCGGCAACCAGGAGGCCACAGCGCAGGCCGGAAUGUUCCACGCUUUGAGCAGCCAGGAGUGGCAGCGGGUACAAGGCCUAGGACGCCAGGGGCUGCCAGGUCCCACGCGGCCCCGGGUGAGGCCCGUCAGCGCGCCUGCCGACGCCAUGGGAAGGAGCCGGCGCCGCUGCUGCUGCCCCUCACCGGCGCACGCACGACCUGAGCCCUGCUGCGGGGCCGCAGGUCCCCGAGUGACGCUGGCGGCGCCUGGGAGCGUGGCGCGGGCCCGGAGCCACGUAGAAGAGCCCAUUGUCCAGUGAAGCAGCAGAGGACCGCCGCUCGCGUCGCCGCCAUGGUUAUGUCCCAGGGCACCUACACGUUCCUCACGUGCUUUGCCGGUUUUUGGCUCAUCUGGGGUCUCAUCGUCCUACUGUGCUGCUUCUGCAGCUUCCUGCGGCGCCGCCUCAAGCGGCGCCAGGAGGAGCGACUGCGUGAGCAGAACCUGCGCGCUCUUGAGCUGGAACCCCUCGAGCUCGAGGGUAGUCUGGCCGGGAGCCCCCCGGGCCUAGCACCGCCGCCACCACCGCACCGCGGCCGCCUCGAGGCGCCGGCGCACGGCCAUCAGCACGUGCACGUGCACCCGCUGCUGCAUCACGGGCCGACGCAGCCGCACGCGCACCCGCACGCACACCACCACGCGCUUCCGCACCCGCCGCCGCAGCCGCACCUCUCAGUGCCGCCGCGACCCUGGAGCUACCCGCGCCAAGCGGAAUCGGACAUGUCUAAGCCACCGUGCUACGAAGAGGCGGUGCUGAUGGCUGAGCCGCCGCCGCCCUACAGCGAGGUGCUCACGGACACGCGCGGCCUCUACCGCAAGAUCGUCACGCCCUUUCUGAGCCGCCGCGACAGCGCGGAGAAACAGGAACAGCCACCGCCCAGCUACAAGCCACUCUUCCUGGACCGGGGCUACACGUCGGCGCUGCAUCUGCCCAGUGCCCCGCGGCCCGCGCAGCCCUGCCCUGCGCUCUGCCUGCAGGCGGACCGCGGCCGCCGGGUCUUCCCCAGCUGGACCGACUCGGAGCUCAGCAGCCGAGAGCCACUGGAGCCCGGAGCUUGGCGCCUGCCGGUCUCCAUCCCCUUGUUCGGGAGGACUACAGCCGUAUAGAGGGGCGCCCGGCGUCCCGGGCCCCACCCGCGGACUCCUGGCCUGAUUGCGGGGCUUUUUAAAUGCUUCCCUUGGACUGCAGACGUGGGGGUGGGGGGUUGGGGGGAGGGAUUUCUUACCCCGUUUGUUACAUUUUGAGGAUAAUAAAGGUGUGUGAUCUGGUUUGGUA